AUGGCAAGUUUUAAGACGAAUUUACCCCAGGAGGGUACCACCAGCUCCGCUGGUGGAGAAUCCCUCCCCGAGGCCACUUUGGCCUCGGGCUGCCCCUCGUACUCUGGGGGGGGCAAAAACUGCUUUGACUGCACGACGACUUUGGCUUUGGAUACGGUUACAGAUGCACGCGAUGUGGAAGUGACGGGGAGCGGUGUAGAUGAGGAAAUGGAGCUGGACACGGAGCUCAUGCUGAGCGAGGACUCAACAUCUAUGUCCGAAACCAGCCGCCGGGCUAGUCCGAUGCCCAGGAAGAGAAGAGGACGUCCGCCCACCACGGGCCACUAUGUCGGCCUGGCCAAGGCCAAGCUGGCACUCGUCGAGGCCGAACGUGAAGAGGAGCGGAGGAGAGCGGAGGCAGAAGUUGUCGCUGCCUCUCGCGCGGCUCGGGCUAGAGCCCAAGCCCACAGGCUGUCGGAGUCGGUCACUGAGGACGAGGAGUUUCAGGCGGCCGACUCCCUCAGCCAGAGUAUCAAGGAAAACGUGGAGGUCAUUAAGAAAGUGGCUACCACCUCCAAGAAUCUAAAAGGCGGAUACGUGCGAGCCUUGAAGGACGCAGCAGAAGAAAUCUCGAAGAUGACGAAAGCUCUGCAAAACAGAAGCAUCACGGAAGAGACCAAGGGCCUGCAGGCGGAUAACGCCCGCCUGCGAGCGGAAGUAGCUCAGCUGCGCAAGGAGGUGGCUGAGAUGAAGACUCACCUCCUAACAUCAAACACGAGGACAGAAGCUGCCGUUGAGAUCAGACAGCCAGAACCACAACGGCAGCAGCCAAGCGACAACGAGGAGUUAGUGCGCACUAUCUUAUGCCAAGUUGGCACUAUGAUUAACGCCCGAUUCGAGGCAUUGCAGGAUCGUCUCCUACCGGAGAAGCGCCUUCGUCCCCCGCUGGCGGCGGACAACAGGCCCGAGUCGGAAGGCAGCGGUGCACCGGCAGCCCCAAAAGCCCCAGGCCUGGCUAAGAGCGGACAAACCUCGGACAAAGUUUCAGGCAAAACCGCGGGUAAAACCUCGAGCAAAGCCUCGGGUAAACCUGCUAAGGAGAGAACGACGGAGCCCCAGGCCCGACCCCAGACAGCGGCGACGGCGGCUGAGCCUGAUGACCAAAACCAGCCCCAAGAGCUACCCUGGAGCACGGUGGUCAGGAAAGGGAGGAAGCAGAAGAAGAAGGAGCGGCCACGUGUAUUCACCAACACUGAGCUAGGAAGAGGAGCGCCAAGAACAUCAAGAGCGCCAGCGCGAGCACCAGCGCCAACAGAGAGUGCACCCAAGACCGCCGCGGUAGUGGUCACCAUCACCCCUGAGGCCAUGGCAAAUGGUCUGACAUACGACGCGGUUAUUGCGGAGGCUAAAGCCAAAAUAAGAUUGCAAGACCUGGGCAUAGCAACCGGGGUACGCUUCCGGGUGUGUGCCACAGGAGCGCGGAGGUUUGAAGUCCUGGGCACGGACAACGGUCCGCAAGCUGAUGCCCUAGCUGAAAGGCUAACGCAAGUCUUCAGCGGAGACUUGGUCCGUAUCUCUAGGCCGGCUAAGACGACGGAGAUAAAAAUAUCGGGGCUGGACGACUCGGCAACCGUAGAAGAAGUUCUGGCGACGGUUGCCGAAACAGGAGGAUGUCUGAAGGAUAGCCUCAAAUGUAGUGGCGUAGUCAGAGACAGAUUUGGAGUGGGACACGCCUGGGUUGAGUGCGAGGUACCAACUGCGAAGCGGGUGGCUGCAGCAGGCCGGCUAACUAUAUCCUGGGUGUCGGCAACCGUCACGCUGCUUGAGCCUCGACCUCUGCGCUGCUACCGCUGCCUGCAAAAGGGGCACGUCAGAGCGCAGUGCACCGCGGAAGUCGACAGGAGCAAGCAGUGCUUCCGCUGUGGUGCAGAGGGCCACAACUUCAAGGGAUGCACAGCCAAACCGCAAUGUUCCAUCUGCGCUGCGGCCAAAAUACCAGCGGACCACAGAUUAGGAGGCAAAGGCUGUACUGCACCAGCCCCCAAAAUCACCAGAGGAAGGAAGACGCAGCCUCAACCAGCACAACAGGCUCCAGAAGAAGUCGCUAUGGAGACGGAGGAAGUCGGCUUUAGAAAUGGCUCUGCACCUUCUACAAGCAAACGUUAA